CUUUCAAUGCAUCUCCAACCUCCCCACCUUUCUCAUUCAUACAUCGUCUCCUUAUUAAUAUUAUAUCUCAUAACAUUCCUACAACACAAAUCUUCUUCCUUUAAAUUACACAUUCUUACACCAUUUUGCUUUUUCACAGCACCACCAGAUCCAGCUAUGAGCAGCCACACCAAGACCAACCUCGAUGGAGUGCACUCUGAUGUCAAGGUGGUCGAAAGGCCAACCAAAGAAAGAUCCCACGAUCUGUUCCUGCGCUUUCUUGGCCUCUCACUCACUCUUGUUGCAACCAUCCUUGUUGGUGUAGACAAUCAGACCAAAGUCAUCUCCUACGCUGAAAUGAAAUUCAGAGCCACUGCUAAGUGGGAAUAUAUAUCUGCUAUGGUGUUUUUUGUGGUGUCAAACGCAAUAGCAUGCUCAUAUGCAGCUGCAUCAUUGGUGAUAACAGUGAUGGCAAGAAGCAGUGGAACAAAAAAAAGCGAUUUGACAGAUUUGGUGAUAACAGCUUUAGACCUUGUGUUGAUGGCACUUUUGUUCUCAGCCAAUGGUGCAGCUUGUGCAGUGGGAAUCAUAGCGCAGAAGGGUAACAAGCACUUGCAAUGGAUGAAAGUGUGCGAUGUCUUUGAUGCUUAUUGUCGCCACAUGACAGCUGCAUUGGUCCUCUCCAUUAUUGGGUCCACCGUGUUUCUCUUACUGGUGCUGCAUUCUGUUCUCAAACUCCAUUACAGAUCAAGAAGCUAGACAUUAUUCACCUUUUAUAUAUAUAUAUUUGUAGUGUCAAUUUGUUAGCCAAGGAUUUUCUUGAGUGAAUCUGUUUUUGGCUUAGAGCUUGAACUUCAAAAUAUAGGUGCAAUAUUUAAUUUAUGAUGGGUCUGGUAGUAGUUAAAUUGAAUUUGGUUCGUGUGUUUGUAGUGAAUACAUUUUAGCAGAUGGUAGGUCGAUUUAUUUAAGAGCAGUAA